UUCAAUGGGGCAUCUUUGGCUGCCACUGAGAAUGUCAUUGUGGUCACCAUCAAUUAUCGAUUGGGAGCCCUAGGCUUUCUUUACUUACCACCAGCUGCUCCGGGGAACCUAGGCUUAUGGGACCAACAGCUGGCCCUGAAGUGGAUAAAAGAGAAUGCAGCUGCCUUUGGGGGAGAUCCUUCUCGGGUGACCAUUUUUGGCCAGAGUGCUGGAGCAGUUUCUGUGAAUUUCCAUCUUCUCGCGCCAAAAAGCCAGAACCUUUUUGCCCAAGCGGUGAUCCAGAGCGGAGCAGCCAAUGGCUUCUAUGCGUGGAGGUCUCCUGAAGAAUCGAAACAAAAAUCACUGGAAUUUGUUCAUCUGCUAGGUUGCUCUGAGGACAAUAAUAUCAGCAUAAUGCAUUGUCUGCAAACAAAAAAUGUUUCUGAAUUUACUCAACAUGAAAUAGCUCUGUUCUUAAAAGGUGGCAUCCUGAAUAUUCCCUUCAGGCCAACCACAGAUAGGGAUUUUUUGCUUGGUAAUCCAGAAAAGCUGAUGGAGGAGGGGCACUUUCAGGUCAAACCUCUCCUCAUAGGUGAGACCUUUGAUGAAAUGGCCCCAUUUGUCCACUUCAUUUUCCCUAACAUCACCAACAAUCUCAUCAAUCAGCAGCAGCUUCUGAAAGGGAUACAACUGUUGGUGCCAAAUGCAACUAAAGAUGUUGUCCAGAGUAUUGCACUGAGAUACAGUGAAGGACAACACGGACCAGCACAGUUCCGCUCCGCUCUGUCCCACUUCUAUACAGAUCGGAUCAUUGCAUGCCCAUUGAGGGAAGCUGCAGGAAAUAUCAGGAAAACGGGGAAUCCUGUAUAUGCCUAUUUAUUCACACAUCGCCCUUCAUGGUCAGUUUGGCCUGAAUGGAUUGGGGCAUCACACAGUGCUGAGAUUCCUUACGUUUUCGGAACUCUUGAAUCAGUGCUGUCUGCCAAUCAAACAUGCACAGAGGCUGAAGCCAGACUGAGCCGUAGGAUGAUGCAUUACUGGGCAGAGUUUGCCAGAACUGGGAAUCCCAAUGGGAUAGCGGCCAGCAAGGAUAAGUGGCCACUCUAUAAUCCCAGAAAGCAGAAUUUCUUCCUUCUUAAUACUAAGCCAUUCCAGGAAAAGGUGAAACACCACUGUGAUUUUUUAAAGAGACUUUUUUCAAAGGCUGAAGAGACACAGAAGUCCAAAGGUGGUUCUGUUUCAUCGGACUAGGAAGAAGACAGGAGAACUAACACCUUUUCUGCAAGAGGGCCGAAUGUCAGCCUCUAUAUUGCUUGCUUGCUAUCGGCUACCAUAGUAAUGGGGGGGAGGGGGUUUCGGUAUUUGGGAGGGGAAUCGUGCUGGAGAAGAUGUCUCGGGGUGAAGAGGGAGUUUUGUUCUCACUAUCUUCUGUGCAUGCUGAAUGUACUUCUAUAGGUCUGAUCAAGGUGAACCGUCUCUGCAUAACAGAUGGAUGAAAUCACCUGUAGAUAUACCCCACAUGACACCCUUGGGGGUUGGAGAUUGGACAUUCAGCUUGGGGUUGUUGAGGGGAGGGGUUUGGGUAAACUUUUGAUAUGUACAAUUUCCUGCUUUUAAGUCUCUUGCUUUACUUUCGUUGCUAUCAGUUCAUAUCCAAUAAAAAUACCUUUUCUCUAAAA